AUGUCGUGGGUUGGUCAGGACGCGGGGGCCAGGGUGCGCGCCCUGUUCUCCCUGCGUGGCGGGCUGGACAUCAGCCUCUACAGCGCCGGCAUCGUGGGCGCCGACCUCAUCAACCGCCGCCGCGUGGUGGUGGACUACCCCAACAAGAGGAUCGGCAUACUGGAGGACCGCGGCGCGGCGGCGGCGUGA